AUGAAGCAGGUAACGGCAGCGGCAGAUUUACAACUGCCCGGAGGCAGACUUGUCAAGCCUCGCUCUCCAGUGGAUGGGCUUCAGUGUUUCGUGGAACGCACGUCUCUAUUUUCUACACGACCGGCGCAAGCAAUACGAUGUUCCGUGACCACGCGCACGAGCAGUCAGCAACCCUGGAGGAAAAUGAAGGGAUUGGCGAGGCGGCAGGCGCGGAGCGCGGACGUGCCUGCACGGCGCGCGAGCGUGCGCGCGGGGUUAACGCGUGGCGACACGCUGACGCUCGCGUGUGCUGUUGCAGAGCUGCGCGUGGGACGCCUGCUGCACUACCUGCCCGUGCCCACGGUAGACAGCGCCACCUGCAACUCGUCGCAGCUGUACCGCGGCCUGCUGGGGCCCGGCGACAUCUGCGCGGGCUACACGGACGCCGAGAGGUCUCCUUGCUACAACGACGAGGGCGCGCCGCUGCUGUGCGUGUCUCCGGACGGCGGCGAGUCCGGCGGCGACGAGGGCGGCGAGGGCGUGUGGCAGCUGCAGGGCGUGCUGGCUCACCACGCGCACUGCGGCCGCGCGCACCGCCCGGCCGUCUUCUCGUCGGUGCACGGCGCGCGCGAGUGGGUGGAGCGGGUGGUGGGGUCGCGGCUGCCUUCGCCGCGCCAGGCCCCCGCGCCCGCGCGCUGAUCGCUCCGCCCCGCCCCGCCCCGCCGCCCCACGUGCACUACUGCGCGCGUGCGCCCCGACUGCGCACGCUGACGUGACGUAACGUGACGCGCUUGUCGGAGCGGUUAAGCUACGUGCGUGUGCGCGUAGGUCCUUGCGCGUGGGCCCGUGCACCAGGAUCCUUGUGCCUGGCUCCAUGCGCUUUGGUCCGCGCGCCUAGCUCCGCGAGCCUAGGUCCGCGGGCCUAGGUGCGUGCGCCUAGGUCCGCACGGCUGGGUCCGCGCGCCUGGGUCCGCACGGCUGAGCCGCGCACUUAGAUCUACCCGAACUGGUCCAUGCGCGCGAGUUCUGGCGUUCGGACCUGCGCGUGCGAGUCCUCACUAGUGGAUCCGUACGCGUUUGUGCAAAUUAUGUGCGCACGAGCAAUCACACGUGCACGUGGAUGCAGGCGAGCGUCUCUAUGAAGUGCUUCUUCGCUCGUGUGUGGCUCUUGGAUGAUUGCUGAUCUCUGUAGGCGCUGCCACUAGGCAUUCUGAUUGGUAAAAUAUUUUAAUCGGUUUCCUCUUUAUUACAUUUCUUAAACUUUUAAUUCUUGCAUCCUUUAUAUUACAGAGAUACGUUUUGUUUAACCCCUUGUUUUCAUAGUGUGAUUGGGAAGAGAACAAAAAUUGAUUUGAAUAUUUGUGUUACCUUUGAGCAUAAGGGUUGAAUUGUUCUACUGAUCUAGCUCUAAUCUGUUAUUUUAUUUGUAUGUUUACUUAUUUUUAAGAUAAAUGUAGUUUUGAUAAAGGUUUAGUCCUGAUAAUUAAUCUAUAAGAGAUUUUAGAGUAUUUGUUUGUAGUUUAUUAUUUCUUUUUCAAAUAACAGGCAUUGUUGGGAGAGUAUGUUGUUAGAAUAUGAUCAUUCAAGAGCCACACACAGAUCAUUUGUUUAAGAAAAUCUUGACGAUAUUUUAAAAAAGAAAGACAAAGGCAGUCUUCCAUUGCCUUACACGAAUUAUUCAAGUAAUUCCAAUGAAGCCCAAUGUUCAGAAGAACAUAUCCGUCCAAAGAAUGUUAUUUGUAAUUAAAAGACUUCAAGAUUAAAUAAUAAAUAAAAUGGGCAAGAAAUAUAAUGGGUGGAAAAAGUUAUCAAAUGGUCAUUUUGCAUUGGAUAAGGAGUCUUUUUAGACUCCAUUUAACAGACCAACACCCCCAGUUUGGGCCACAUCUUUGAAAUGUUAUUAAAAUUUCCAGAGCUAUCAAAGCUGACAACUUCUUACAGUAAAAACUAGUCGUUCUUUCUACCAAUUGCAAAGUGGAGGGAAAGUUUAUAUGGCAUGAGAGUUUGAAUCUGAUUGUUGAAUUCAAAUGAAUGCUUUUCAUGUAUGUUUAAUCAGAAUCAGCAUGAAACUAGCAGAAAAAGAUUAUUUUUUGAGAAACUUAUUUCAAUAGAAUCAUACUACUCUGUUAAUAUUACCUCCACCCAUUUUGUUUACUUAUGACAUCUUGUGAACUACAUGUUGUAUAUUUGUAAAAUAAACUGGCAGUUGUUACAACUUUUACAUAGAAAAAAUCUAUGUUGAUUUUACAAUGUUACAUAUUAGGAGGCAGGACAUGGGAGACAGAAGCACAUAUGAGACUUAGUGUUUCUGAAUCCAAUAAUUUUAUAAUGUUGCCAACAUAUUCAAGUCAAAAUAAAAUUGUUCCGAGUGUGGAGAGAAUAAUUGCAGAAAGAAAGUGUCUCCUCACUCCAACAGACACUAAUUGAUAUUUUGCCAUUGUCACUUCCAAGAGCCUUUAGAAAUACGAAAUGAAAAGGAAAAUUUAUUCAGGUAGUUUGAGACAAUGGUCGUGAUAUGUGGUAAAGUACGAUAGUAUCUGUAUUUGUAUAAUGCUCGAAAAUGGAUAAAUGGUGCUGUUAUGUUUUUAUAAACACAAUAUUUCUGUAUCAGAACAGUUAUUUUUACAAAAAUAUUUUGUGGUUGUUAAUAGCUAACUCAAUAUGAAACUUUUUUAACUACAGAAUUCUCAAGAUAUGACACAAAUCCAAUUUAAAUAUUUGAAUUGUAUGUAUCCUUCUCUUACAGUUUCUAACAAAUCAUGUUUCAUAGUAGUAGUAAUAAUGUGUAUCAUCACUUUUUCACUUUAAAAUGUAAAUAUUUUUAUUUUUUCUUCUUCAUUUGUUCACUUGAAUUAUUAUUCUCUUAUCAAGCUGUCCUGGUGUAAUAAGUGCCUUACGAAUUAAAACCUAGGAACAAAACCAUCUCAGUGGCAAUGCCACUCAGAGGGGUGAUGGCCUUAAAAGACUGACGAGUGAAAGGACAAUAUAGAAAGUGUGAAAGGACGUUAGGAAGUGUGCAGAAAGGUAGUGAGAGUGACUGCGCAAGUUCCUGCCCUUCAUAUGCAGCUAUUGGUCCUGUGGCUCAGCAACAUCUAGAAGCAUGCUCUGCUGCAGGACACCAUGCUAACCUUGGAGUUCACAGGCUUCUCUUCUAGUGAGAGUGUGUUGUUGCUCCUUUGUAAAGACUAGACUAAUGCCAUUGUGGAAAGAUUAUCAAUAAACCAUGUACAGAAUUA